AAAAUGACCUGCUGCUGGAGGGGAGUUGGUAGAGCAGCGGCUGCUGAUGCUAACAGGAACAAGGUGGCAGCUGCUGGGCAUAAAAGUGAUGGAGCUGAAGGGCUGCCGGCUUGACCAUGAAGUCGAGCGGGGGUGCUGCAUCCGAUCUGGAGGAGCUGGAGAGUGGCAGCAGCGAGAGCAGUUCGGGUCGCUCCCUGCCCGGCACCGGGGCCCAAAGCAAACGCAAACGCAAGAGCCCUCGGCUGAGUGGUCACAACAAGCAGAGGCAGGCAGCUAAUGCUCGGGAAAGGGACCGAACCCACAGCGUCAACACCGCUUUCAGCACCCUACGCACACUCAUCCCAACUGAGCCUGCAGACCGUAAGCUGUCCAAGAUCGAGACCCUGCGCCUGGCCUCGAGCUACAUCUCGCACCUGGCGAAUAUGCUGCUCCUACAGCAGCAGCAGCAGCAACAACAGCAGCAAUCCAGUGGGAAUUUGGCGGAGGAGGCCUUGCUUGUGAGGCAGCCCUGCCUGCAGUAUCAGCCUCUCCUGCAGGGCAGCCCUGCCUCGGGGAGCCCAAGAUCCAUCUGCACCUUCUGUCUGAGCAACCAGAGAAGACAGCAGACCGGUUCCCAGGGCUUUUUUGAAGAUGAAACUGAACACGGUGAGGAAAGUUGCACCUGGCGCGGCAGCUAUUUUUGUGCAAGAAAUGCUAACCCUAAGCAGCCAAGCUGUGAUACCGAUGCCUCCCAAACUGAUGUCACAUGAUGGAACUUGAGCUUCACAACAUCCAGCAUCUCCUUAUCGUGGAGAUUUCAGACCAUCAGAGCUUCUAACCACAACUGAACACACCAAGGAAUGGCAUGUUUCUCUCUCUUUUUUUUUUUUCUUCAAAGACUCCCUGGCUCCUGCCAGAAAACCCAAAGGUUUCCACUGAGAUGGAAGGUCUGUACCCAAAUGGUAGCCACAAUGCACAUGGGGUCCCAGUUUAUCCAGUCUCAAUGUGAAAAUGAUGCUCCCUUAGGUCGCUCCUCCGAUCCUAGGAAACUAUUAGUUCCUGUGUAAGCAUAUCAUCCUGUUCUAUCUAGCUAAAUAGUCCAAAACAUCUCUAGAAAGCAUCAGGUUGGAAAAGUCUGCUCUAGCCAGUCAUUGGGUUAAAAUGUGGGGCUUCCAAUGUCCUUUCUUGUUAUGGGUGAUCACAAGCUCACUGUCACAGGAUGAAAAUGGAGCGGGACAGCAUGAUUUUCUUUAGAUUAACUGUGAGUCAUACACAGGUAGC